ACAUCCUUUUCUUUUGCUUAUUUGGUCUGUAGUUUAGCUCCGCACUUACCUUGCUUUCUAGAAUAACUAGUGUUAAGUCUGGCUAUGUGCAGUGCUUAGAUUAGCAGCACUUGGAAUAUAAUAAUCUUCUUACCUUUACUAAUACAACUCCUUUUGUUGUUUCAAUCAGCUUCUCUUGAUGUUGUUAAUCUUCCAUUUACCGUUUGUAUACUGCGAAAAUCUUCUAUUCCACAUUGUAAAUACAGAAGCAGUCCAAGUUACUGUUUCUACCAGUUCUUCUCUGCAAGCAUGUAGGACUAGUGACAUAUCUUAGCCACCACAAUUUACUGUCCAUUCUUCGUGCUGUAAAAACAUUUUUCUUCCAUGUGAUCUUAAUUAAGUUAUUCCAAUAUUAUUGACCCCUCAGAUUACUCCGUGCAGCCGAAACAGCAAUUAUUGUUGUUACUGGAAUAGUGCCAUAAUCUCAUAAAUUGCAUAAGUAUACCCCCUAUUUUUGCUGGAGAUUACACCUGAACCUAAUUUGUGAAGGAUGGGCAAUAAAGAAUUCUUUAAUGCCGUACUUAAUGGACAUACCGGAUAAAAGUUAAAACGCUAUAAAUUGGUCCUCUCUACCCGUUAGCGUUACUGGCUCCAUAAGACUUUUCCGUCACUCAAGCCGUAGUAAAGUUAGAGAGGGCAAGAGGAGAGAAAUCAAUUUAUUGAAAGUAUUUCUUGUUCAUCCCUACCGCAAUCUUCCGCAUAUGUACGCUUCUAAUGAUGAUUUAAUGAGAGAUUCUCAUGUUCAAGAUCCUGAUGAUUAUGCCAAGAUUGGGUUGGAGGUGGUUACCGACUUUAUCAUCCAUACCAUCAUUUGCAGCACUUUUGUUAUUUGUAUUUACAGUAGAAUCUCCUAGAUAUCUGUGUGCCAUAGGUAGAACAAGAGACGCCUGUGAUAUUUUGAAGAAAAUAGCUGUGGUUAAUAAGACACAACUUUCCCCUGGAAAGCUUGUCUCUUUUCAACUGACUGAGGAAUUGCUUUCUCCUGGAAAAAACAAAAUCUCAUCAGGCUUCUCAUCCUUACUAGUGCUUUUGUCCCCAGCAUUAUGUAGAAAUACCCUCCUCUUAUGGGUGGUUUAUAUUGGAAAUUCCUUCUCAUAUUACGGCAUUAUAUUGCUGGCCUCACUGCUUUGCAGUGGACGAUGUCAACACUCGUCAACUGCUUUGCACAUGAACGAUGAUCAGAGCCGUUAUACAAAUGUGAUCAUCAAUAGUCUUGCAGAGAUCCCUGGAACUCUUUUAGCAGCUCUAACGGUGGAGAAAGUUGGUAGGAAAUUCAGUAUGGCACUUAUGUAUGCUUUACACUUCCUAUUCCUUUUACCGCUUCUUGCGCCUCAACUGCCUGCUUUGACUACUGCCUUGCUAUUUGGUGCUCGUCUUUCAUUUCGGGAAACUUCACCAUUUUGGGUGUCUACUGUCGAGAGGUAACCAUCAUUCCUUAUCAUCACGCAAUUUCUAGACAAAAAAACUCAUUCCCAUUUCCAUCCAGUCAAACUUAA